AUGCUGUUCCCGCCCAACCUCAUCCAGCUCAUCGCGGUCCAUGUGCGCGACGAACGCGACUUGCUCGCACUCCUUACCGCACUCCCGCCAACGCUUCUCUCGGACCCGCUGCUUGCGUUGCGCGAUCUACUUGGCGCUCGCAAGGCAGGACACCUCAGUCUGCACACGUGCUUGUGGCCCAAGCUCAAGCCCAUGGAUUGCCGCACGCCUAGGAUCGACGACGCCUUGGUCCGGUGCCUUCCACUGUACGCGACCCUCGUGCUGUACAACUCGAGCAACUCUGCCGAUAUCACGACGACGCUGCCGUCGACACUCGCGAUCAAGUGGAAGAUGCGCCUCUCGGCGCUGACCACGCCCGAGAUGGCACCGUACGCGCCGCACUUGGGCCACGUGCAAUUGUUUGUCGCCAACGACGAUGCGCCAACGAGCGAAAUGGUCGAGGCCAUUGCGUCGCUGCCUCGCUUGACGUCGCUGGAUCUUUUGUGGGACGCACCGACGCCCAGCGAUCUCCUCUUCCUGCUGCGGGGCAUCCUCGCAUCCCCAUCCAUCCGAGCCGUGCAACUGCGUAUGGGCCGCGACACUACAGCGUUCGAUGGUCCGUGCGUCAUGGCACUCACGCAGCUCCUCACGUCCAAGCUGCACACGCUUGCGUUGGUCGGUGUCUCGCUGCCCGCGUCGCUGACGGCGCCCUUUGUGCAAGGCGCUCGGUCGAGUCGCACGCUGCGCGCGUUGACACUGCAAAACUGCAGUCUCUGCAAUGACAUUGCAUUGCCGCAAGGUGUGCCGUGGCCACGCUUGCUCACGUCCCUCCACCUCGAGGUCGCGGGCACCACCGACGUGGACGCGCUGGCGAUGGCCCUCGCCGACACGUCGUCGCUGCAACGUCUGGACCUGUGCGCUGCCGUCGACGGGCGCAUGUUGCCUCGUUCGUUUCUUGCACAGCUGGCGUCGCUCAAGCGCUUGCGGCACUUGGGCAUCUCGGGUGUGUCGUUCGAGGCCCCCGACGCGCUGUGUGCGAUCCUGCCACAGCUGCACUCGCUCCACCUCGAUGCAAACGACCUCCAAGACGCUGGUCUCCGCGCCCUUGCACGUGCACUACCGUCCUGCGAUCGCCUCGAGUCGCUGUCGUUGCGCGAACAAGGCGCCACGGACGCCAGUGUCCUCUUCGUCGCCGUCGCGUUGCAGCGCGCAGCUGCCCUCCGUGUGCUGGAUCUCGAGCACAAUGCAAUUGCGUGCGUGGGGGCAAUGGCCCUCUGCCGCAUCGCGUUUCGCUUGAAGAAGCUCAAGCUCGGGUACAAUAGUAUCGGGCAGCGCGGCGCAGUGGCGCUGAGCCACGCGUUGGCAUCCGCGGACCACCUCCAAGUCGAUCUCAACCUCAUGUUCAACCCACUCACGCGCGACGGGGUGCUGGCGCUUGUCGCCGCCAUCGAGCGAGCGACGUGCCGGACGGGCGUUCUCUGUGUCUACGAAUGCGCCGUCGGGACCGCGCUGGAGAAGCAGCAGUGCGCCGCAGCGAUACGCGCCCUGACAAAGCCGCACAUGGCGAUCACUGGCAUCACCGAGGGGAUGGCCAACUAG